GCCACCAUGUGGAUAUCUUCUACAGCACCAGUCUGAACAGCAUUCCCAUUCGUGUCCAAGGACUAAAACUUCUCAAACAAGAGCUUCUCUUUUCAAGGCACAAAGUCCUGCGGGAACGUGCCCGAGCUGUCGUAACGCUCGCGCCGAUGCUUCUGCAGGAACCAGAUCUGAUUUUGUCAGAGGAUUACCAACCGCGCGCAGAGCAGGCGAUUUACGCUUCGAGGAGCAGCUCAUAAAACACUGUCUCCAGAAGGUCAAUGGGUUUUUUCUGCUGAUAUUUGAGAGCUGGUUUUGGAGGAGUGAGGGCGCAUCUGACGUCGAGGAAAUUUAGUUGCCUGGAGAUUUUGGAUACUGUUGCACCCUCCGUUUUUGCACAAGCCUGACUUUUGUCUGCUGAAUCAGGAGCAGUUUCUCUGAGAGUGACAGGCUGUUUGGAGUGAGGAGUUAAACACUGGGGCUGAUGGCGGCUUCCUCCUCCUCCUCCUCUGGCGGAGAUCCGGGUCCCAACUCGACAAAUUUAUGGCCACCCUCCUCAAACUCUGACUGGAGUGGAGUCGCUCAUGGAUGCACGAGGAAACUCGGAAGGAAGAUAUGCGGGUUUUUGCAGAAGAAUAAUAGUGUUGACGACAAGAGCCGAAUUGUCCGGUUUUUUAACGAUCAGCAGCAGCCCAAGAGCAUUUUAACACGGGACAACGAGCGCGACGCGCGCUUCAGACGCGCAGAGACGGACUUCUCCAAUCUGUAUGCGCGAGAUCUGCUUCCUGCUAAAAAUGGUGAGGAGUAUACGAUGCAGUUCCUGCUGGAGGUGGUGGACAUCCUCACUAACUAUGUGCGCAAGACCUUCGACAGAUCCACAAAAGUGCUGGACUUCCAUCAUCCGCACCAGCUGCUGGAGGGAAUGGAGGGCUUCAACUUAGAUCUGUGUGAUGAGCCCGAGAGUCUGGAGCAGAUCCUGGUGGACUGCAGGGACACGCUCAAAUACGGCGUCCGCACAGGUCACCCAAGGUUUUUUAACCAGCUGUCUUCAGGUCUAGACAUCAUUGGUUUAGCUGGAGAGUGGCUGACCUCUACUGCCAACACCAACAUGUUCACAUAUGAGAUUGCACCCGUGUUUGUACUGAUGGAACAGCUCACCCUGAAGAAAAUGCGAGAGAUCAUUGGCUGGCCAAAUGGAGAGGGGGAUGGCAUUUACUCACCAGGAGGGGCGAUCUCAAACAUGUACAGCGUGAUGGUGGCACGGUACAAGCGCUAUCCUGAGGUUAAAAUCAAAGGCAUGGCAGUGGCUCCCAGACUGGUGAUCUUCACCUCAGAACAUAGUCACUACUCUAUAAAGAAGGCCAGUGCAGUGCUGGGUUUCGGCACAGAGAAUCUGAUCUUGCUGAGGACAGAUGAGAGAGGUAGAGUGAUUCCGGCUGAUCUGGAGACCAAAGUCAUUGAUGCCAAACAGAAGGGGUUUGUGCCAGUGUUUGUGAACGCUACAGCUGGAUCUACAGUGUAUGGAGCCUUUGAUCCAAUCAAUGAGAUCGCCGACAUCUGUGAGAAAUACAACAUGUGGCUACAUGUGGAUGGAGCGUGGGGUGGAGGUUUGCUGAUGUCUAGAAAACACAGACACAAACUGAAUGGCAUUGAGAGAGCAAACUCUGUCACAUGGAACCCACACAAGAUGAUGGGCGUUCCACUGCAGUGCUCUGCCAUUCUGGUACGAGAAAAGGGUCUUCUUCAGGGCUGCAACUCCAUGUGUGCUGGUUAUCUCUUUCAGCCGGAUAAGCAGUAUGAUGUUACCUAUGACACAGGGGACAAAGCCAUACAGUGUGGCCGCCAUGUAGACAUCUUCAAAUUCUGGCUCAUGUGGAAGUCAAAGGGCACUAUAGGCUUUGAGAAGCACAUUGACAGAUGUCUGGAGCUGUCUGAGUAUCUCUACCACAAGAUAAAGAACCGAGAAGGAUAUGAGAUGGUGUUUCAAGGGGAACCGCAGCACACCAAUGUGUGUUUCUGGUACAUUCCUCCAAACCUACGGCUCAUGCCAGACGGAGAGGAGAAAAGAGAACAGCUUCAUAGGGUUGCCCCCAAGAUCAAGGCAAUGAUGAUGGAGUGUGGGACAACAAUGGUGGGCUAUCAACCUCAAGGUGACAAGGUCAACUUCUUCAGGAUGGUUAUCUCUAAUCCGGCUGUAACCCGAUCUGACAUUGACUUCCUGAUCGAUGAGAUAGAAAGACUGGGACAGGAUUUAUAGAGCACACAUGUUGGAAAUUCAGUAGAUGUUAGUACAUUCUGUACUAAGUAUUGGCAAUGGAGAAGACAUUUUGAAGUAUUGUAUCAUUCCGGAAUAUUAAACUGAUGAGGUGCUCUAGAAUAACAAACCUCUCAGAUGUUCUAGAAUGUUCCACUAGGAAACUGGACGUUUGG